AUGCAAAUGGCUGGUGGUCAAGUCUCCGUAGACUUGAAACUUCGGAUUACGACUUAUGGAUCUCACAAUGGAAUGAUUAUUCAUUCUGGUGUUCAACAUAGCAAUCGUUCGGUGCCAUCUGUUUGGCCUUAUUCUAUAUAUCCGCAACAACCAACACUCCCACCAACAAUUCAGUAUCCAGUUACACCUUUACCAAUUCAGGAUGUGUCACAGCAAAUCGAAUCUGUUCCUGAUGAUCGCUCAGCCAGGAAAGAGCCAUCACCGCCAUCAAGCCCGGUCUUUUCUUUCGAUGACCCGCAAUCUCCUCCGGAUGAAUUUAUUGAGCCAACUAAUGUACAACUGAACAUUUUCCAUCAGGAUCAGCCGGGAUCUUCAUAUGCUCCUAAUUACAAUGUUGCCUAUUCGCAUCCUGACCAAAGCAUGGAUGAGACCUCCAAUAUCAACACAGAAAAGUACUCACCCAAUCAACCGUUUAGGUACAAACAUCCUGAUUCUUCAGAAACGACACAAGAGAGAACUGGUCAUGCAAAAAUGUGGCCACGUCAGCAAGUAACUGAACCACCAAAUGGACCAAUGUGCUCAAUACCAUAUUCCUCUGACACAACGCCUCCAUCUUACCGCAAGUCAACGGUGAAUAAUUACAGUCCGUCAUCGUUUGAGCACGAAACUUCUCAUGCUGAUAAAACUCGGCAUUCGACCGGCUUAUAUGAAAGCGAUCAAAGAACGCAAAGGUGGGACAGUGAGGUAAAGAAAUCUCCGCUACCAAACGAUUCUGGCUACCGUCAAAACAAUUAUCACAAUUAUGGCGACCGGAAGCAAUUGAAAGAGAAUUCUUAUCCAAGUAAUGAUGAUUCCAUUGAAAGCGAAGUAGGAAUGGAUUUAGUUAAGCUCGAUGACAAGGAACCCAAAACAUUACAUGAAGACUUAAGUUUCCCUGGAGUAUAUAGCGAAACGUUGAUUGAAACUGAAGAAUGGCAAAAAUGCAUGAAGAAAAUGCAAUCGUCUGCACAUCUCCCAACGUAUGAAGAAGUUGCAACCCAUACUGAAUCCUAUAUAAAGGUGCCUACAUAUGCCGAGUGUAGACCUGUUUACACAAGUAACGUAGGAUCCAGUUUACUUGGCGAUGAAACAUUGAAAAGGAAACCGUUGGAGGAAGAAACGAUAGACACAGUGCAGUCAAGUGAAAUAACUGCUGCUUUGACCGGAACUUAUCAUUUGGAGAAAAAAAAUUUGACCAUAAACGAAUUACCUGCCGACAACUCAGUGGCAGCUCGGGAAAGUUCUGUCCAAGGUACAAGUUCCGUUUCGGAGACUUCAAUAAGCUCCAGCACAAUCGAUCUAAAUGCUGUUCCUUCAAAACCAAUCCUCCAUUGUUAUCGGCGACCGACCCGAAAAGGUUUGCGGCCAAGGAAAAGUGUUCGUUUUCCUUUCACAGAACCAAAAGUGGUUCUGGAUGAGCAUAGACUUGUAAUCACCGAACUUGAACUAGGCGAUGAUAAAUGA